GAUGUGGAUGAGAAAAUAAAAUAAAAAAUAAAAAAAUCCAUCAAAUUUAAACCACUCAAAAAUUAUUUUGAGGUUCUAAUGGCGGUGUCUUUUGGCCUUUUCUAAUUUAUUUUUUUUCCCAUUUUCCACUUUUUUUCCACUUUUUUCUUUUCCAGAUUUAUUCGCCGUGGACGAGGUUGUCGGUGCUUUUGUUUUUUCUCCGGCAAUAUGGUCAGCAUCAUGAACGUUGAUAGAAAAAUUAGUAGUGAAGAUGAGUAUAUUAGGAGACAUCAUAGACAUGAUGUUAGAGAUAAUCAGUGUAGUUCAUCACUUGUAAAGCAUAUUAAAGCUCCUGUUCAUAUUGUUUGGUCAUUAGUGAGGAGGUUUGAUCAACCACAAAGGUACAAACCAUUUGUUAGCAGGUGCAUCGUGCAAGGGGACCUUGAAAUCGGAAGUGUUAGAGAGGUGAAUGUUAAGUCCGGACUCCCAGCUACCACAAGCAAGGAGAGGUUAGAGCUUCUAGAUGAUGACAAGCACAUUUUUGGUGUAAAGAUCGUAGGUGGAGAUCACAGGCUUAGGAACUACUCAUCAAUUAUCACUGUUCACCCGGAGGUCAUUGACGGAAGGCCUGGAACAAUGGUAGUCGAGUCAUUCGUGGUGGAUGUACCAGAUGGGAAUACUAAGGAUGAAACUUGUUACUUUGUCGAGGCCCUCAUUCGGUGUAACCUCAAAUCACUAGCUGAUGUAUCAGAGCGCUUAGCCGUGCAGGGCCAUAUGGAGCCUAUCGACAGAAUGUAGGUUUACAGCUUUCAUCAUUUUGCUCAAGUGUGCAAGGAUUUGAUUAGAAGGCGAGUAAGAGUGACCGGUACUUAUGCCGGUCCUUCUCGAUCUCAGAAGUAUAUAUAUAUCUAUAUCUAUAUCUAUAUCUAUAUCUAUAUAUAUAUAUGUGUGUUCAUGCUUCCUCUUCAUCGUCUGUAAGGUCAUCGCGGUUUGUAAAAUGCAAUCAGUCUAUUUCAUAAUGUGAAGAACCAGCCAUGCUGUUUGUGGCUGUGUGUGAAUUGAGCUUGGGUUGUAAAUAUCUAUGCUCAUUAAGGUGCUGUUUCUUGUUAUAGGAUCAUUGUUGUGUGGUUAUGACACACUAUAAGCUUGUGUAUCUUUUGAUUUUGGUGUGUUAAUAUGUACUAGAAACAGUAUUUGGUAUAUUAAAAAUAGAGUGCUUGCUUUU